AUGGCCAUUGGCUGCGUUGGCUGCGGCGCGAUGAUCUGCUCGGUGCCCCGAGAGCGGAGCGCUUCGUUGAUGUCUCGGUGGCUCAACCGGCUCAACCGGCUCAACCUGCCCGUUGUUAGUCUUGUGUGGUUGGUCACUGUCAUAGCCUUAGCGGGAAGUUUUGGUCUUUCCCGCGGGGGGCUUACCGACAACGUCAUCAAUGGGAGCGAGAUGAUGCUGCUCUCCAACCAUGGCUACGUCUUUGUGACAAGACUGAACGGCCUCUGGCGGCAGAUCAAACACCUUCUCCCCAAGACCAUUGCGAAGAAGAAGCACAACAUUCGCUGCACUGGCCCAACGGCGAAGGAAUUGACUCAGAACUACUGCUCACUUGAGGCAGGUGAGGAAAUUGAAUAUGACAAUUUGCUCAAGAAAUUUGCGGCACAGCAACGCACAGCAGCUGACGAACAACCUCUGGCAAUUGACCUCCAAAGGCUUCCCACUCGCCUCGAGAUCGAAAAACUGUGCCGACAAGCGAAAAGAGUCAAAGCACCAGGCUUGGAUUCUGUUCAAGCAGAAGUACUUCAACAUCUCAUGCGUGAGCAUUCCGAGAUCUUCUUCUUUUUGGUCUUCAAAUCCUGGUUGCCUGCAGCAGAACCCUUGCAAUUUAAAGGAGAUACUGUCCACUCCAUCAUGAAAAAGACUGGCCUGACCACAGCCAGUGGCAUGCGUGGAAUCACUUUGCUAGACACGCUUGGCAAAGUUUACCACUCAUUGAUACAAACCAAAGUCUUGCCGUGGCUGGAACAGACAAAACUACCUACACAGUUCGGUGGUUUCCGAGGGCAGCAGACGGCUUUCGCAUCUUUGGUUCUUAGUUCGUUUGAACAAGUUACAGCUGCCCACAAGAUUUCUCUUGCAACAGUUUUCCUGGAUGUACGCAGUGCCUUCCACUGCCUAUUGAGGCAGCAUGCGUUUGGUUCUGAUGAAGUUCUUGCGACAGAAUUGUGUCGAGUCCUCUGCAAUGAGGGGCUUGACGUGCAAGCAUUGGUGCAUGAUAUUCGUGCUCAUUCAGCAGCUUUUGUUGACCACAUUGAUGAGCCCACGGCACGAGCUGUACAGGAUGCUCACAAACACACUUGGUUUGUCUGUCCACAGUCGCCAGCCCUCUUUCAAACUCAUAGAGGAUCAAGGCCAGGAUCACCAUUGGCCGACUUAGCUUACAAUGCGCUAAUGUGUGAUCUUCUUAAAACUCUCCAUGGUGAACUUCAACAAGUACCACGGAUUUUGGAAGCCUCUCUUGCGCUUGAGAUUCCUGCUCCGGUGCUGGCUUGGGUUGAUGAUGUAGCACUUUUGGUGCCGUGCUGUCAUGCUGACUGCCUUGACGAUACGCUCGAGACAGUCAUGUUGCUCACUCAUCACAUUUUUGGUCAUUAUGGAUUACGACUGAACUGUGAGAAGGGCAAAACAGAAGCAAUCCUCCAGCACAGAGGCAAAGAUUCCGCACAGUUACGGCGCAACAGGUUUGUGGAUGACUUUGGCAUGUUAGAAGUCAAGGAGCACGCUCCAUCGCGGAUCGUUUCGCAAUAUGUGCACCUUGGAAUCACUAUCGCCCAGAGUACAGACAUCUGCAACGAUAUCAACCAGAAGAUCGGCAAAGCCAGCAAUGCCUACAGAUUGAUGAGUAAG